GUGUUCAGGGCACCUGUCCCAAGCAUCCAACUAACACUAUUAUUUCAGAUGUCAUCAAAGGUCUAAAAGCAGAUGUCAACUUCAAACUUGGCCAGCCGUUUCAUCCUUAUGAGCAACUCAUGGGUGUCCUUCCUGAUCGAAGUAAAAAGAUCGUACCAUCCAUUUACCAUGAUCUCAUGACCAAUCCGGCAUCUCCCAUCCUCGACUUUUACCCCCGAGACUUCGAACUCGACAUGAAUGGUAAGAAGAUGGAUUGGGAAGCUGUUGUCAAGAUCCCUUUCAUCGAUGAAAAGCGCCUGUUGGCUGCCAUGGCUCCCAAGAACGCUCUUCUAAGUGAUGUGGAGAAGGCGAGGAAUGAGUUUGGAGUCACUUUGAAGUUCACUCAUGACCCAGACGUUGACUUUACUUACCCCUCAUCUCUUGUGGGUAUUUUCCCAGAUAUUGCACACUGUCACUGCGUUGAGAACAUCUUUGAUCUUCCCACUAUUGAAGGAUUGGAAUAUCAUGUUGGUCUUAUGGAAGGCGUUAAACUUGGGGACGCAGCAUUGGCUGGUUUCCCGAGCUUGGCUACUCUCCCUUAUAAUGCGACAUUGGGUUUUCACGGCGUCAAUGUGUUCCAACAAGAUAGUCGCAACGAGAGCAUGGUCGUCACUAUCGAAAAUACCGAGGAACGAACAAAUGUCAAGACUGCCACGAUGAAGCUGGGUCACCGAGUUUUCGUGGGAUAUCCCUUCUUACAAGAAGGAAAGGUGGUCAAAGUGUCAGACGAGCUCUUUGAUUAUCUCCCUGCAGAUGGUGGCACUUCUCACCCUAUCCAGCAACUUCAUGGCCCACGAGAAAUCGACGAUUUCCGCAAGAAGGCUGAGAGAAUUGAGAACAACUACAGCAAGCGUCUCGGUAUCAUCAUUGGCGCUGUUGAAUCGAUUACUCAUGUUGAAAUGCUGAAGGGUUUGCUAAAGACCGACGAGGGUGCUACAGUCAAGGAGUAUGCCGUGAUUCCAGGCAUGGAAACUGAAUACGCCUCUCAAGUCAUCGUUGAUGAGGUGGUUAGCGAGGAUCAACGGUUCUUAGAGAAGGCAGCUGUUCCUAUUGAGGAAGAAUUCCCGCCGGGAUCACGGGCUUUCUUCUUGGGCGAAUUUAAUUACGGCAGACCACUGGAAGUUGUGGGUCACAAGGACAAUCGAGCCGAGAUCUGGUUGUCGACUACCAAAGGCAAAGAAAUGGAAUUCGGGCGCAACAUCGUCAUGAGUCAUCAUACCAAGAGUCACUAUACUCCAUCAUACGCGGUUGCUAAGAUGUUAGGUCUGCACCCCCUCGUCCUCAGCAAGAUCACCUCAUCCUUCUCUGUAUCUGCACUGGGCCUCCCCCGACUCAAUCUUGGUCUCAACCUAAAAUUCGAGUCAAAGAAACUCAAAGUCCUGGGCUACUCUCGCAGAUCGGAUAGCGGAUGGGAAUUCAGCAACAAGGCUAUCGAGCUUCUGAGCACCUACAUGACGAAGUUCCCAGAGUUCAUUGCCGGUAUCCAACGAAAGCCACAAGGUAACGAAUACGAUGAGACCGAUUUCUAUCCGGCCGAAAUUGCGGGUGCAAAGAUCAAGGAGAUCGCGGCUUGGCUGAAAUCCAUCGAGUCCAAGAACUUUGAAAAGGUCCCCUUGGAUGCAGAGCAACUGGAUUCAGAUGCUGUCAUGGCUAUUGAGAAGGCGUCUGACGAUGCGUUGGCGAAUGGUCCCGGUAUCGAGUUCAAGAAAUUGAAAGGUGUUCCUCGAAACGCACUUAUAAAGCCCGCAGAUGCCGAGCACCGCCUUGGCAACCAGCGUUUUACGCUCGGCGAUCGAGUUGUCUACGUCCAAGAUUCUGGUCGUGUUCCUAUUGCCACUCGUGGUACCGUCGUCGGAAUAUCUCGCACUCCACGUACAACUCUACUGGAUGUCGUCUUCGAUGUAACCUUCAUGAGUGGCACUAGCCUUGGUGAACGAUGCACUGCUUUCCGUGGCUCCACAGUCUCUACUGCCUCUGUCCUCAAUCUUUCAAACAAGCAAGUUAUCGCCGGCUCAAAAGCCGCAGUCGAGAAACGGCCUGCACCGGUCACUGCUCUACUGACGGUCAACGGAGGGUACGGCAUGCCAGUGGGACCUGGAGGUCAAGGACAGUACCGCGAAGCCGGUGCACCGCCGCCUUUGAGAGGCUCGUUCCGUGGAGCUGUAGCUGGCCAGAAUCAGAAUGGAUUUUCAAGGGGCAACGGUGUCCCGCGUGGCAGGGGCCGAGGUGGUCUGGGACAUUCAGGCGAUAAUGCUGCACCAGCCGUACACAGCAGUAUGGCCAUUCGAGGCAAUUCCCAAGGGCAGAUGAACGGUGCGAGAGGCGCGAGAGGUGGCCCAGCGAACGGAUUCAGAGGCGGGAGAGGCGGCCCACCUCCCCCUGCUCCUGCUCAAGCAUUUAAUGCAGUGCCACCACCGCCAAGUUUGGAUAACAGAGGCCGUGGAGGACCUAGGGGUAGAGGUGGUAGAGGCAGAGGAUUCCCGAGAGGCAGAGGCGGCGUUGUUCAAGCGCAACAGACUUGAUUCUCUGGGAAAUUUUCUGGAGAUCUUCGUCUGGAUGACUUGGAUCUGGUUGUGUUAUGAAUCAUGAAUUGAUGAUCGGACUUCACUUCCUCGGGAGCUUAGGUAAACGACGCAUCAUGAAUCACAUUUGUACCAAAUGGCCAGACAUAGGUUGAGAUAAGGCACGAACGGGCUAUUUUCUGUAGAUUAGACCUUAGAAUAGGUCAUCAUUAUAUUGUUCAGCCUGAUCGUCAGUUUUCUCAUCUAGGAACUGAAAGCCUCAGUCACACGUGAGGCACCCUAAAGCAAGCACAAUUUCUACAACGUAUACACGCUCCUCCGAUUUAUCCCGCCAAGGCACGCAAUGUCCCAGUGAUGGCACAGUUGUGUUGUUUCCUUCAGAAUAA